UGGUGGCGUGACCACGCCCAGGCCUGCGCUGAGACCCAGCGACGGCAAGGUAACCGGCCGCAUUAACAGAUUGCGCCUUCCCGGAACACCUGAACACCCCUAGGGCAGGCACCUUCAGCUUUGGCAUUAACCAGAUUGCCUUCCGACUCAUUCUUCAGAAAGUUCACCAGACUUCUGUACUGUCCCAGGCUCUUCAACCAAGCAGAAAGCUUAUAAGGCAGCUUUGAUUAAACAUGACUUCCUUGGUCACUCAAGAAAUUCAACUCUCUAAAAGACAUGAAGAAAUAGUAACACAAAGACUAAUGUUACUUCAACAAAGGGAAAAUAAAUUUGGAGAUCAAAACAAGAGAAGGAUACAAGCAGCUGAAACAGCUUUUCAAAGGAACCUUUGUCUCUUGAAGGACAUAGAAACAGCAGAAAAGUCUCUCCAGGCCAAGAUUAACCCUCUUCUACCACCGGAGGUUAUUUCUCUUGAGACUCUUUACUGGGCAUCAAUAGAAGAAUAUAUUCCCAAAUGGGAACAGUUUCUUUUAGGAAGAACACCAUAUCCUAUUGGUGCAGAGAAUCAAAAUGAAGCAAAAAAUAUUGUUCAAAAUAAAGCACAGCAGUAACUUCUCAUGCUAUUUCAAAAAACCAGUUUUAUAAAAUCGGUACUUUAAGGAACACACAGGUCACUUCAGAAAUUUGAGAAACUGAGUAGAUUUAUAUUGUCUCAUGACCUCACGAUGACAAUGAAGAUAACAAGAAGCUACUGGAAUGUCUCAGGGUUAUCACUUAACUGGUACCUACUACCAUUUCCAGGUCAUGAAUCUUCUUUCCACAAUACCCAUGGCAGUAUUUGAAACUAAUAUUGAAAAGUGGAUGGCUGGUUAAAUAAAUUAGGAAAUGAG